UUCAGGAACGCCCGAGUUUAGACGCUCAAAAGCGGCUUUCAUGUGCUACUAAAGUGUUAUUCAAUUUACAUGACUUUAGAUGAAGCACAUUUUAUGAUAACCAUGAUCUUUUUACUUUAUGUAUUUAGUGCUUUGGAAAAAGUGCAAAUAUAUUUUUUGUGGAUUCCCAGUUUUAAGUUCUCGCUAUGAUGAAGAAGGCCGUCCAGGCGUGUAGCGCAUUAGUGCACUCUUGCGCGAGUACCUUCCACAUGUUUAGGACCAUUAGUCGGAGUGUUGAUCAUGGUCACAGAAGUGUGCAUAUCCUGGGUAUCGAGACAAGUUGCGACGACACCGGAAUCGCAGUUAUAAAUGAACAUGGCACAGUACUCGGAGAGGCACAACAUUCACAAUUGGCUACACAUGUCACAAUGGGAGGCAUUAUACCGCCACUUGCGCGUUUUCUUCAUGAAGAAAAUAUCAAGCAAGUUCACAAAGAUGCUAUGAGAUCCGCGGGUAUACAUCCAAGGCAAUUGGAUGCAGUUGCUGUAACUACAAGGCCAGGAUUAAGCUUAAGUCUUAAGGUGGGGUUAACACACGCGAAAGCUUUCUGCCGUGAAUACUCUUUACCAAUGAUUAGCGUGCACCAUAUGGAAGCGCAUGCAUUAGUGGUACGAAGCUGCAUGCCGGUAAAAUUUCCGUUUCUCGUAUUGUUAGUUUCGGGAGGACAUUGUCAAAUAGCUGUUGUGCAAGGUGUAUCGGACUUUGUUCUUCUUGGAAGUACAUGUGACGACGCUCCCGGUGAGGCAUUCGACAAAGCUGCUCGACGACUGAAGUUGAGUAACAUGGACGAGUAUCGAGCUCUCAGUGGAGGAGCUGCCAUUGAACGUUUAGCCCGACAUGGAGAUCCCAUGGCUAUCGAAUUUACUUCGCCAAUGACGAAACGCCCGGACUGUGACUUCUCGUUUUCAGGUUUGAAGUACUCGCUAAUGAAAAAAAUUAUGGAACGGGAACGUGAACUUGGUAUCGAGGGAGAUGCCCUUCUACCAAGCAUUCCGGACUUGUGCGCCAGUUUUCAGCAUGCACUUUACAUUCAUAUAAUGAAAAGGGUUCAACGAGCUUUUACAUUUUGUAGAAGAACAGAUUUGGACUUCGGACACCGCCUAGUGGUCUCAGGUGGUGUGGCUUGCAGCUUGUAUUUGCGACUUAUGUUAGAACAAUUGUGCGAGCGCCAUGCUGUUGAUCUGUUUGUACCACCAUCAAAAUUAUGCUCCGACAACGGGAUUAUGAUCGCAUGGAAUGGUAUGGAGCACUUCCGGAGCGGCGGAGUUUUAGUUUUACCGGACAACCUCGACACAGUCGAGUCAAUGGCCAAAUGUCCUCUGGGACAGGAUCGGCGUAAGGACGUUGCUAAAGAGGCAAUACCUUCCGAAAAGUUCAGGCUCGAUUUGGACCGCUUAAUGAAAGACAGCGGCAAUAUAAAAUGGCAGAACAAGUCCGACGAAAACUAUUAUGGAUAGCGAAACUGUUUUAUAUAUUCAGGGUCUCAUUGAAGACUAACACUCGUCACCAAUAAACGUUAGUUAAACACAUAGAAGAAUUACAAGUAACAAUGAGUAUCUAGCAUCAUUUGCAGUAUUAACGCGCCUUGAAGGCUACAUAUAACACUGUAAGCUAAUAAUUUCACAGCUAAAUAAAUAUGUUACCAUUUAC